UAGAGAACUGUACCAAAUACCAAUUGUUCGGUUCGGUAUGGUCCGCGAAUUGGAAUCGUGGUUAGGACUCAGGAGGCAACAAUAACAUUAGUGUAAUUUGAUCAGCCGAGUCGGGUCGGCGGGUAAAAAUGGACUACAGCUUAGCGGCGGUGAAGAUGCUUUGCUCCCAGCUCCGGGACGCUAAACCGACGUCUUCUCAGAACGCCACCGCCCUAGGCGGUGUACUUUUUCAACGUGCUUGGUUUCAGGGCGUUUUGGUCUCCGUAUCCGGCGGUGGAGAUGACCGUAUGAUCCUUGAUGAUGGAACCGGACUCGUCGAGCUCGGCCUAUCGAGCGAAUUCGCCCUCCGUCAAUGGAAAUCAGGAAUGUACGUGAUGGUUGUUGGUGUAUACCAUAUCCGUACUGGGGAGAUACCUCUACUUAAGGUUCAUAAGAUGGUUGAGCUGUCUGGAAGCCCAGAUCGUGAAGCCAUGUGGUAUUUAGAAGUUAUGGACGCAUACAGACUGUUCUAUGAGCCCUUGAUCCAAGAGUUCUCUUGAUUACACUUAAACUUUUCAUUCUCUAGAAACAUCAAGUACAUGAUUAUCUCUUCUCAUUCUUUUAGUUUUAUCCAUUUUUGCUGUAGUUAAUCUUUAAAUCAUGGAUAUGUAACUUUGACAGAAUCAAAAGCAUGGUUGUAUUAUUUUGUAACACUGUUGCUGUUUUUCGUUAUAUCCAAAUUCUGUUGCAAUU